UUAGAUCAAACGUCAUACGCGGCUAUGUAGAUUCUUACACACUAUAAGGCAUAGGAAAAUCUUCAGAGUCAGUAUGGCAAUAAUGUCUUCGACCUUUUUUUCAAGUGUAGGAGUUGAUAAAUUAGUGCAGAUGCAAAACAGAAACGCUUCUUGGUAGAACCUAUAACCUUUAUUUCCUUGGCUCUUCAGUUCCAUAUACCACACCUGAAUCAAUCAAUCAAUCAUCAUAACCCAAAUGACAGAAGCAAUCUUAUUAUCUUCUGUGAAAAGUAUAGGCAAAUUGCUGAUUGAUGAAGGGAAUUUUUUGCGCGGGGUGACUGAUCAAGUUAAGCUGCUACAUGAGGAUUUGAAACGGAUGCAGUGGUUCUUGAAACAUGUAGCAGCAAAGCAGAGUGACAGGGAAUGUGUCCAACUGUGGAUUUCGGAAUUCAGAGCGAUUGCUUGCGAAGCAAAUGAUUUGGUUGAAGAUUAUGCUUUGAGGGUUUCAAUUCAAAGAAAGCAAGGUUUUUGGCACACCCUUAAGAGGCAUGUUGGCGUCUUCAAGCAAGGUUAUGCCAAACACAAGUUAAGCUCAGAGAUCCAGAGUCUGAGAACGAGGAUAUCUAAUCUCACUAAGAAUUUUAGCGAAUAUGGCGUGAGAGCCGUAAUAGAAGAAGAAGGCUCAAGUUCUAUGGUCAUGGAACAACAGUUAAGGAGGACGUUUUCGUUUGUGGUUGAGGAGGAUAUAGUUGGAAUAGAGAGGGAUGUGGAGAUGUUGGUGAAAUAUUUGUUGAAUGGAAAUGAAGCAGGCCAUCAUAGCGUCGUUUCAAUUUAUGGGAUGGGAGGUUUGGGCAAAACUACUCUUGCUAAAAGGGUAUAUCAUCAUCCAAAGUUGAAGAAACAAUUUGCUGGUUUUGCUUGGGUUUGUGUGUCACAACAAUGGCAAACAAAAGAUCUCUUGCAAGGGAUGCUUGUUAAGCUUUCCCCCGAGCAAAGAUCGGAUGUUAUGCAUAGCACAGAGGGGGAGCUAGCAAAGAGACUUCACCAAGUGUUGCAGGAUAGGAGAUGCUUGAUCGUUCUUGAUGACAUUUGGUCACCGGAUGCUUGGAAUUGCAUAAAAUAUGCACUUCCAAUAACCGAGGAAGGAAGCAAAAUAUUGCUCACAACUCGUAAUAGGGAAGUGGCAUCAUAUGUUGGUCCAAAUGGUUACCACCAUCAACCUCCGUUUCUAAAUGAAGAAAAAAGCUGGGAGUUGCUCCAAAAGAAGUCAUUAAUAGGAAAAAGUAGCCAAGGGUGUGAAGAUUUGGACAAGAUAGAAGAGUUAGGGAAGAAAAUGUUGAAACACUGUGGGGGUCUUCCUUUGGCUGUGGUUGUUCUAGGUGGAAUUCUUAAAACUAAAAAGAGUCUAAGCGAAUGGAGAGUUGUGCAUGACAAUAUCAAAUCCUAUUUAGAAAGGGGAGAAAACUUUGGCAAAGUAGGAGAAGUGCCAAAAAUUUUAGCUUUCAGCUAUUAUGACCUUCCUUAUCAGCUAAAACCAUGUUUCCUUUACUUGGGAAAAUUUAAGGAAGAUUCUAAUAUUGAAGCAGAGUGGUUAUAUCAACUAUGGAUGGCAGAAGGUAUGAUACUUGAGAAUGAUAGAAUUGGACAAGAAACAAUGAUGGAUGUUGCUGAGCGUUACUUGGAAGAAUUAGCAAAAAGGUGCAUGGUUCAGGUUAAAUUACAUGAGGAGGGAAAGCCUGCAGUUACAAGGUUUAAGUCAUGUCGGAUUCAUGAUCUCAUGAGAGAUUUAUGCUUGCUUAAGGCAGAAGAGCAAAAUUUGUAUAAGGUAGUUGAUUCUCGACAUGAUCAAGAUAUUUUUGUUACCUCAGUAGACAUAUCUCAUGCGAUAGAAGAAGAAUAUUUUGGAUUUGUCCUUCGUUUGUGUGCAGUGGAUUUUCAGCACAAUUAUGUUCCCCUGCGAAAAGAGCAGACAAAGCAUCUUCACUCCUAUAUGUAUGAACCAUUGGACUGUAGCGGUGACAACUACGGUAGACGUCUAGGGAGGAAAAUAAUGUCUGAAGUGAACAAUCUCAAGAUGCUUAGAGUUUUGGCAAUUGAAAACUCCAGUCUGGCCUCCCGAAGCUGUUAUUCAAGGUCACCUCUGGAAUGUAUAGGUAAUCUUAUCCACUUGAGAUGCCUGAGAUUGAGAGAUUGUCAUGGUUUGAAGUUGCCAUCUUGCUUGGGUAAUUUGAAGUACUUGGAAACCCUUGAUUUACGUGGUAGCUAUUGUUCUAGAUUACCGAAUGUGCUAUCGAAGUUGGGACGUCUAAGGCAUCUCUAUCUUCCAUGCUGCAGUGGUAAACAGCGGCUAGAUGGAUUGAGCAAGCAGUUGGAGAUACUUGAAUCAUUUGAUAGCACACUAUAUUUUCAUCCUAAUUUAUCCAGAUUGACCAAUCUCAGAGCUUUGAAAGCUAUGGUGAUUGAGAAUCUUGGAGACCUGGAGGAAAUUAUUAACCAUAUAACAAACUUGAACUAUUUACGCAUGACCUCACUUGAAGUCUGGGAUUGUAUCAACUCCAAUUCUAACAAGGGUUUGGCUGUUCUUGAGCAGAUGCUGUUUUGUAAGAACAUUCACGAAUUGCAGAUUGUCGGUGCUUCUUUAUGCAAGCAAUUACCAAUUUACCGCCCACACCAAUCGUCCCCUCGCCCAGGCCUUACUGAAUUAACGCUUCGUUUCUCUGACAUUGAGGAGGAUCCAAUGGCAACACUUGAGAAACUUCCCAACUUGCGAAGACUACAUUUGCAUGAACACUCUUUUGUGGGGAAAGAAAUGACUUGCCAUGCAUUGGGAUUUCCACAACUCGAAGUUCUUGAACUCAUUUGUUUGUAUAACUUAGAAAGGUGGAAAGUGCAUGAAGGGGCCAUGCCUAAACUCUCCAGUUUAUUAAUUUCGUAUUGCGAAAAGUUGGAAAUGGUUCCAAAUGGAUUGAGAUCAAUAACUACCCUAGAACGAAUAUGUUUUUUUGGGAUGCCUGAAGAAUUUUUAGAAAGAGUUCAAACAGUCAAUGGUGAACAAGCACCAGAUUACAAUAAAAUACGCCAUGUGCCUUCAGUUGUGAUCCGCUGAGCCAUCCAUCAUCACACGAUGUAUGUAAUUGUGAUUCCAGAUCCAAAAAUCAGUCUUGUUCUGCACAAAAUUCAAUGCUCUGAUGGAAGAGGAUCUAUCUAAAAUAGCUGAGAGGUGCCUUGGGCGAUUGGGAUGUUGAAGCCGUUGAUGAACACUCACGUUCAAGUGAAUCGAAUAGUGAUGAAAGCUAAGAAAAUCAAGCUUGCAGCAAGAAAUGAAGAACAGGUACAAUAAGUAUCUAGAGGGAGAGCCAUGAAGGAAAUGCUCAUGACAGACUUCAACAAGGAGUACGUGUUAGAACUUAGAAGGGCCACGGCAACAGAUGCUAUAAUUGGCCCUGUUUUUCUUCUUCUCUGUGAUGAUUUCAAUUAGCAGCAUUCCAUGUAACAAAAGAGAGAGAUUCUAAUUCCUCUUUUCAUGACUGUUUGGCUUGGAUUAUUUUUUGGAUGACUUUGAUUGUGUAGAAAAAGAAAACAUAUUCUAUCACGGUAUACUAAGAAUAAUGAGUUCAACA